AUGCUCUGGGGAAGAAGAGCCAGAGAGGAAAGGGAAGGAAGAAUGAUAUUCCCACUGUGGAAGGGAGGCUACUCUCACUCUGAAGGAUGGAUUUCAGAAGGACAAGAAUAUCAGUUAGAAGGCACAUCAGAUACUUCCUCUGGGUCAUUUCAAACCCUCUCACCCCACCUCUUCUUACAGAAGCCAUUGCUGGAGUAUGUGCUACCUACCUCUCACUUCCUGCACCAGAGAUCCCUGAAGCUUUGGGGGGUGGGGGGUGUCAAAAUCACUGCUGGGCCAAUUGCAGCCUGGAAUUGCUAG